GAUAUUGUAACUUAUAGGACCCUUAUUAUGGGGCUGUGUAAGGCGGGGAGAGUAGAGAUUGCAAUUAAGCUCCUUAAAUCUCUUCAGAUGAAAGGUAUGGUCUUGACUCCACAUGCUUAUAACCCUGUGAUUCAAACACUCUGCAAAAGGAAGAGAACAAGCGAAGCCAUGAGGCUUUUCAUAGAAAUGAUGGAAAAAGGUGAUCCUCCGGAUGCUGUAUCAUACAAGAUUCUUUUCCGUGGCCUCUGUAAUGGUGGAGGACCGAUACAAGAGGCUGUUGAUUUUACGAUUGAAAUGUUGGAGAAAGGAAUAUUACCAGAGUUCCAGUCAUUUGGUUUCUUGGCUGAAGGUCUUUGCUCUUUAUCAAGGGAGGACACCCUUAUCCGACUUAUCAAUAUGGUGAUGGAAAAAGGAAGAUUCUCACAAUCCGAAACAUCUAUUAUCAAAGGCCUCCUCAGGAUUCAGAAAUUUAAUAAUGCAUUACCCAAUCUUGGUGCUAUUUUGGAUAGGAAAAAGCCCAGAAGAUUUUGAGUACUGAAAGGCUUUCCUGCAAGUGCACUUGGGUGUUGUUUUAAAGAGUGUAAUGGAAGGGAAAUCACCUUAUUUUGAAGGAGCUGAAACAUAUGAUAGUGUCCAACACCCAGGACUCGGAGCUAUAUUGCACACAUUUCAACACUGGUGUUGGUUUCAUCUGUCUAGCCUCAUUGAUAAUACCACUUCUCCAGUCUUGUGUGUUUCCAGUUUCAAGGGGA